UGUAAACAACAAAUUAAAUCCCUCCAUUUGUUUGUGAUCUUGUCGGCGACAAGGCAGAGCGGUCUUGUGUUGGAGCAUGCUCUUUUUAUGUAAACGCUCCUACAUCUGAGGAACAAGAUGUCGAUGGAAGACCCAUUUUUUGUCGUCAAAGGGGAGGUACAAAAAGCAGUCAACACAGCACAAGGACUGCACCAAAGAUGGAGGGAACUGCUACAGGACCAUGGAGGUGCCCCCAAGGAGGAGAUGGACUGGACCACCAAUGAGCUCAGGAAUAGCCUGAGGUCCAUUGAGUGGGACCUGGAGGAUUUGGAUGAGACCAUCAAUAUCCUUUAUAUUGCAAGUAUUGUGGAAUCCAACCCUAGGAAGUUUAAUCUUGAUGCCAUGGAGUUAAGCAAACGGAAGGCGUUCAUUGCCACCACCAGACAAACUGUAAAGGAAAUGAAAGAGCAGAUGUCGAAUCAAAUGGUUCUGAAUAUGUCAGAGAAGAAAAAUCGACAAGCUCUGUUAGCGGACGGUGGGUCCCAGGGCCCAAUAUGGCAACCCGGAGGAGACAAAUACACCCGGCUGGACCAGGAGCUGCAGACAGCCAACUCCCAGUUUAUUGAGGAGCAACAGACACAGCAGCACCUGAUAAUGGAUCAACAGGAUGAGCAGCUGGAGCUGGUGUCUGGUACUAUUGGCGUGUUGAAGAAUAUGUCUGAGAGGAUUGGCCAGGAGCUGGACGAGCAAGCCGUUAUGCUGGAUGAUUUUUCACAUGAGAUGGACAGUACCCACUCCAGACUGGAUAAUGUGAUGAAGAAGCUGGCUAAAGUUUCUCACAUGACCAGCGACCGACGUCAGUGGUGUGCCAUUGGCAUUCUCCUGGCCAUUCUGUUUGUGGUCAUCAUCCUCUUCUUCGUUCUGUGAACAUCGCUCCGUCCACCGCCGCUACCCAGCACUCCUCACCCGCACGUAGGGAACGAAAGAAGUUAUGGUGCUUCGGGAAAAGACGAUGACAACAACGAGAACAACAACAAAAAAAAAGUUUCACUAUCUGAACUUUUCACCGUUACACUGUCACGUACUCUGCAUAUCAUUCUCUUUUCGUUACAUCUGAGAAAA